AACCACAUGGCAGAGUGCAUAGGAUGUCUACAAAGACUAUUAAGCAGCCUUCCGAAAGCCCACUAUAGCCUUUUCCAUUUCCUUGUCAGAUUUCUGGUCAAGGUGGCAUCAUACAGCGAUGUGAAUCAUAUGACGUUGGAGAACCUAGCCAUUAUUUUUGGUCCUGCUCUUUUCCGAAUUCCCUGCAGCCCUUCGGCUUGUGAAAAACAAACAAUUUUCAAUGCCAUCCUUCUGCAUUUUCUUCAGCGCCAUGAGGAAAUAUUUGCGGAUGGCCCCUGCAAUGAAUGCUCACUGAUAGAAGACAAUGAUGGCCUCCAGAAUCUUUGCCCUGCGUUGCUGCAUCAGGGACUCACAGAGGAGGCAGAGGAAAGAAAACAUUCAUAAAGGAUUUGGCACUGGAAAGGAACCCAAGAUUGCAUGGAUUGUUCCUUCCACUUGGUGUCAGUGUUUUGUUUGUUAUCUCAAUGUUCAAUGUUCUGGAAAAUGGAUUGAAUAGGCUCCACAUUUCCAGAUUAUUAUUGUUUUGACUGCUUACCCCAUAUUGGGGUAAACUCAGAUUUUGUGUGCCAAACAUUGUUUUUGUUAACCUGAAUAAUUCUUCAUUCCAACCACCAUAGUGUCGCAGUGCAGAUUGUCAGAGGAUUCAAAUAUAAAGGUAUUUAGAUAAUGAGAUGCUUAGAUAUAGAAGUGUAAUUUAGAUGAGUCAUGAUGUCCCAGUGUUGAUGGCUAAUUUAGAAAUUGGUAAACAAUUAAUCAAGACACAAUGACCACUGAGACAGUGAGGCAUGAUGAAAAUAAUUUAAUUCACAUGGAAAUUUGGGAAUAUUAAUGAAGAAGUGAGCAGUCCUACUAAUUUUCUAACUGACUCAGUGAAAUAAAAGGUUCAGGCCAGACAACUAAUUUAUUCAGAUAGUUAAUUAAUAAGGCAUAUUCAGUGUACCCCAUUAAGCCUCCAGGAAAUCACUAGUGGUCUAUAGGUGUUCCUUUCCACAAACCAACACUUGGAAACAAUCACAGCAGAUUGUUUAAAGUAAUGAAAGGUGGCAUUUUCAAAAUAUAUUUCUUAAUUGAGUUAAUUCAAGUUUGUACC